UAAUCACACCUCAACUAACACUCUUUUUUAUUUUUCCUAACUAUAUAAAUUUCUCCAUUCCUCACAACUAUAACUACAUGUGAUCAAGAAUAUUCCCAUCCUAUCAAAAUAAAAACAAAAUGGCUGAGCCGGCCGAGUCGACUCACGAGUCACCCGAGAGCAAGAAGAAGAGCGGAAACAAGCACCCGGUUUACAGAGGGGUGAGAAUGCGGAGCUGGGGGAAAUGGGUCUCCGAGAUCCGCCAGCCGCGGAAGAAGUCCCGCAUUUGGCUCGGGACUUAUCCCACGGCGGAGAUGGCGGCGCGGGCCCACGACGUGGCGGCCGCGUGCAUCAAGGGCGACUCGGCGAUCCUCAACUUCCCCCAGCUCACCGAGUCGCUGCCGCGGCCCGACUCGCUCUCGCCCCGCGACGUCCAGGCCGCCGCAGCGAAGGCGGCGGCAAUGGAGGACCUCGGCGGCGCAUUGGCCUCCUCUUGCUCCCCGUCUUCGUCGACGGUGACAUCCGCCGCCGGCGAGGGGUCGGAGGAGCUGGGGGAGAUCAUUGAGUUGCCGAGUUUGGAGGGGAGCUACGAGUCGACCGAGUCGGGAGGCGAGUUGGCGGUGGUUGACUCGGCGGAGGGGUGGCUGCAGCCGCCGUGGUGGGAGUUGGAUAAGAGCGUUUAUGACUAUUUCUACGACGAAAUUGGCGGUGGUGGGAGCUUGAUCUCAGUCAGCUAUGAGAAUCUUAAGUGGACUUGCUAAUCUUAGUAGGUGUGCCUUAUGCUUUGGUACUUGUACAUUCUUGUAUUUUAUUAUCAAAAUUUCUAUAUUGUUUAUAUCACUCAUUUUUCGAUCUUUUUUCAUUACUCUUCUUAAUUUUUCUAGCUAGUUUCGAGUGGAUUAGUAUUUACUUGGUCAUUUACUAAUUUUGUCUAUAUGAGUGUAUAUUUUUCUCUAUUUUUAAUGAAUAAUUAGUACGUAUUUGUUUGGUUGGUUUA